AUGGCGGCGCGGACAGCCCAGUGCAGAUCCCAUGCCUAUGAGUCGUCGCCGUCGCCGACUUAUUCUUGUCUGCGGCGACCUCAAGCAGCAGCCAAGGAGGAGCUCGACGCGGGGAGGGCCGAGGACGAAGCGGCGCAGUGGCGACAACGACGGGCGACCUCAACUGGCAGUAUACUGCAGCGAAAGGAAGAGCUAGACGUGGGGAGGGCGACGAGCAGGAGCGGCACGGUGGCGACAACGAUGGACGACGCCCCAGCUCGAUUGGAUUAUCAUGAUCUAAGUAGCGACGCCGUGGUGUCAUCAUGGUUGGAGGAGACAACUCAUAUGAACAUGCCAAGGAGACCGAUCAUACUACUUUAUGCAAUGUGGUGGCGGACUUGUACGGCAUCGUGACGGACAACUCGCGGUCCGUGUGCCGCGGCAUGGCUUUGGCUCGUCAGGCAAUAUUGGUCCAAUAUGUGUCUUACCAUCGCAGUGCUGUGAGGCCUAUGUAUUGUCUCGCCCUUUUCCACUGCUCAAACAGUCAUCUACUGCAAAAGGUACAAAGAAUAGGCUUCAGUUUGCUGUUACUCACAACUCACAAGCAGAUGACAAUCUUUCUUUCAGUGAAUAGAGUAGCUUUUAAUUCUCUUCCAGUAUCCCUUGACAAUUGACAUGAGCGCAGCCUCAAGGAUGUAAGAUUAUUUGUUCUUCCUUGUAGUAUGUGAUGAGACGCAUGCUACUUGUACAUAGAUGCUAAUACAUAUCUUCUUUAUACGUAAAUACUCGCUCUACAGAGGGAUUAUGUGCAGACGAAUAGCAUGGGAGUAGAGGGGGCGGGGAGAAAGACGCCACUUUGUUUUGUUUUGUUUUAUUGCAAGGAGAGGUUGGUUAUGGAGACACAAUGACUUACGAGUAAAAUAAUGUGAGAGAGAAUUGCUAUUUAUCGCUGCGUGAAUGGAAAACCACAACUUGCCAUGUUUGAUACACAAUAAUAAAACAAAAUUUUAAUCAAUGUGUUAGUACAUUAUUUUUGUCACUCCGUGGCAACGCACGGGCAUUCGACUAGUUUUUUUAAUGAUUUGUUGCUUGCUUGCCUAGCUACCUCUAUAUAGUUGAUCCAUUUAUGCUUCCUCAACUAUUGUGUAUUCAUGCUUAUUUUUGUUUUGUAAUUGUGGAACUGAAGAUGAAGAGGAAUGGUGAUAUUAACUCAUUUUUUUCAGAAUUGUGAGGCUAAAACAAGGGAGGUUGCAACCAAAGAGCAACCUAAACCUGAAGAUACUAGAAUACAUUGUUCUGAUUCCCCACCUCCUGUCCAUUCUGAUGCAGAGAUUGAAGUUGAUAUUGAAUAUGAAGCAACACGGUUGCCAUCACCCCAAUAUACACGUGCAACGUCAUAUAAUAUUCAAAGGCAACCACCUAAUCCAGGGGAAAGGAUUACUAUUUCAGAGUACGUACGGUGUCGAUGAUCAAGAUGUAGUUCGAAGACGAUGCAUUGCAAAGUCUGCAAUUCAACCAUCUGCACACAACUUCGAAGUCGAGAAAAUCUACGGUAAAAAUUGACACUUCAACUUUUGUUUGGUUUGAGAACUACAGAUGGCUAGAAUAUAGUGUCAAAUACGAGGCAGCAUUUUGCUUUGUGUGUUAUUUGCUCAAAGGGAAAUCGAAUGGAGGGCCUAGGGUUGGUGCCUUUGUUAAAGGUGGUUUAAGGGUGUGUGGCAAGCUCGUAUUCCCCUUAAGAUAAAAAGUUUUAUGUGGUGAGCUAUAUGUGCUCGUCUUCCGGAUAGCAACCAAAUAAUUAAAAGGCAUGGUAUUGCAAUUGUGGUGUGUUCCUUUUGUGGGGAGAACGUG